AUGAUUCGUUUAGUAGCAACUUUAAAUGCAUUGAAUCCGUUAUUUAUGAAGGCAUUAUACCCUUAUGUGGAUGGUGAGUAUUUUCUUUUCACAACUACGUUUCUAGCUGGCUUGGUGUCAUCGUUGUUGAAUUUUCCUCGUUUUCAACAGUUAAAGAUUGAAGAAAACAAGUACUACACUUUUGACUGGACAUUUAUCUUGGUCACAAAGGCGCUUGAUUCUGUGAUAUCGGCCACAGUUUUGCCUCAGGUUUCAGCAGAGACAAAUGACUUGGUUGAAUUUCUGGUUAUUCUAGUCUCCACCUACUGUGUCAUGACCGCGUGGUGGUUCAAACCAGAUAGACUUAGUCCUGGAAUGGUGAAUUGGAUAACUAAAAUGUCUCGAAUAGACCCCAACAUACAAAAGGGAAUGCAGCUACUAAAUGAUGGCGAGUUAGAUUACAACACUCAGGAAGCCUUGCCAAGUGAAGACACUUUUAAAAUCUAUGCCGAUCUGAAAGGCAAAGACCCGAAAUUGGGAGACUUGAGACAACAGAACAAAUUACCUUGUGAGGUGUUGCACGAGUUUACGACUAAGAGUUGCUUCAAACAUACACUUGACAAUUUCUUGGCUCAAUUUACCUCCAGCUUGAGAUUUUAUUCCUACAUCAACCUAUUCGCAUUUGUAUUCUUUAGAGGCUUUAAGGGAAACUUGAAGAAGGCGUUCAUUAAAACAAUCAAAUCUUCUUUGUUUGUUAGUUCAUUGACAACUAUUCACUGGGGUUGUAUAUGCUCCAUACGAAAUUACCAUCCCAAGUUGUACAAUCAAAGAUUCUGGGACAUAUUGAGCAUCAAAGCCGGAUCUGCACUUGCUGGAUUGAGUGUAUUAUUUGAAAGUGCCAAAAGACGUGACGAUUUAAUGCUAUUUGUAACACCAAAGGCUUUAGGAACUUUUUUUGACGCGACAGAUAGUCUUGAGAGGAGGAAGUUGGAGACUCUUGCCUUUAGUUUGAGUUUUGCUGUAUUGGUUGCCUUUGCCCGACUGAGUCCAACGAGGCUUAGAGGUGUUGUCGGUAAAGGAUUGUGCUAUAUGGUAAAGUAA